AUAAAUAAAUAUUGUUUCAUUAUUUAAUACUUAUUAUAUAUGGUUUUUUUUUAUUUCUGGCUAAUAUACAAAACAUUCCAAUACACGUCAAUUUCAAUCUACCUAUGUGUAUCAAAUUUAUUAUAACUUAUUUUAAGUGUGUGUUACAAAUAUAUAAAAAAGUUUUUUAACAACGUAAGAAUUGUUGAAUAGUAUCCAAACAUUUCAAGAAAUAAAAUUCUUAUUCUUGGAAAAAAAUACUAUAUUUGAAAAUUAUCUGUGGAUUGGUGAAAAAGCUUUUCUGAAUAAAAAAUAAUGGAAUGGACGUGGCUAAAGGAUUGGUGGCGUUUAAAAAAAUGGCGUUAUUACAACCAUGGAAUAGAUGCCGAAUCAAUAUCAGGCAUUCAAGAUGUUACUGAUUUGGAUACUUGCUGUUACUGCGAUGAAUGUUUUGCCGAACUGUCAGAAGGGUGUGGUAAUGAUGAUGCGUGUAUGGGAGGUACUGAUCUUGAAGGAGAAGGGAAACAAGUUCUGGUUGGCAUAUGUGCAAUGGCUAAAAAAUCUCAGAGUAAACCGAUGAAAGAAAUUUUAACACGACUUGAAGAGUUUGAAUAUAUUAAGAUUGUUGUAUUUCCAGAAGAAGUUAUUUUAAAAGAAUCAGUAGAAGAUUGGCCCAUAGUUGAUUGUUUAAUAAGUUUUCAUAGCAAAGGAUUUCCUCUUGAUAAAGCUAUUAAUUAUGCUGAUCUUCGAAAUCCUUUCAUAAUUAAUAAUCUUCCAAUGCAAUAUGACAUUCAAGAUCGUAGAAGAGUCUAUGCUAUACUGGAAAGUGAGGGUAUAGAAAUUCCACGGUAUGCUGUAUUAGAUAGAGAUUCUGCUGAUCCGAAACAACCCUUUCCAGAUCACGAGUUAGUUGAAUCCGAGGAUCAUGUUGAGGUCAAUGGGGUUAUUUUUAACAAACCUUUCGUGGAGAAGCCUGUAUCAGCUGAAGAUCAUAACAUUUAUAUUUAUUAUCCAACAUCUGCUGGUGGAGGUAGUCAAAGAUUAUUUAGAAAAAUAGGAAGUCGUAGUAGUGUGUACUCUCCAGAAUCUCGAGUUCGGAAAACAGGCUCUUAUAUUUAUGAAGAUUUUAUGCCCACUGAUGGUACAGAUGUAAAAGUAUAUACUGUUGGACCUGAUUAUGCACAUGCAGAAGCUAGAAAAAGUCCAGCAUUAGAUGGUAAAGUUGAAAGAGAUUCAGAAGGCAAAGAAAUUCGUUAUCCUGUUAUAUUGAGUAAUGCUGAGAAAUUAAUAAGUAGAAAAGUUUGCUUGGCCUUUAAACAAACAGUUUGUGGUUUUGAUUUGUUAAGAGCAAAUGGACAGUCAUUUGUUUGUGAUGUUAAUGGAUUUAGUUUUGUAAAAAAUUCCAAUAAAUAUUAUGAUGAUUGUGCAAAGAUAUUGGGAAAUAUGAUAUUAAGAGAAUUAGCACCAACUUUACAUAUUCCAUGGAGUGUGCCAUUUCAGUUAGAUGAUCCACCUAUAGUACCAACUACAUUUGGCAAAAUGAUGGAAUUACGUUGCGUUGUGGCAGUCAUAAGGCAUGGUGAUAGAACACCAAAGCAAAAAAUGAAAGUAGAAGUUCGUCAUCCUAAGUUUUUCGAGAUAUUUGCAAAGUAUGAUGGUUACAAACAUGGUCAUGUAAAAUUGAAACGACCAAAACAAUUACAAGAAAUAUUGGAUACUGCACGUAGUUUGUUAGCAGAAAUACAGCAUCGUGCAGCAGGUCCUGAAUUAGAAGAGAAGCAAGGAAAAUUAGAACAAUUAAAAAGUGUACUAGAAAUGUAUGGUCAUUUUUCUGGCAUAAAUCGUAAAGUACAAAUGAAGUAUCAACCACGUGGAAGACCAAGGGGAAGUUCUUCCGACGAUGGUAACAAUCAUAAUCGACUAGGAGAACCAUCUCUUGUUCUAAUACUUAAAUGGGGCGGUGAAUUAACACCAGCUGGACGUAUUCAAGCCGAAGAACUAGGAAGAAUAUUUCGCUGCAUGUACCCUGGUGGUCAAGGUAGACACCUUAGUGAGGAAGACACAGAGAUGUUACCAAAUCACGGUGAAUAUGCUGGAGCUCAAGGAUUAGGUUUACUUCGUCUUCAUUCUACAUUUCGUCAUGAUUUAAAGAUAUAUGCUAGUGAUGAAGGAAGAGUUCAGAUGACUGCAGCUGCUUUUGCAAAGGGACUACUUGCAUUAGAGGGUGAACUUACGCCAAUUUUAGUGCAAAUGGUUAAAAGUGCAAACACAAAUGGACUGCUUGAUAACGAUUGUGAUAGUAGCAAAUAUCAAAAUAUGGUUAAAACUCGUUUACACGAAUUAUUACAACAAGACAGAGAAUUCACUCGUGAGGAUCGAGAACAAAUUAAUCCAGGAAAUGCAUUAAGUAUUAAUGCAGCCAUGGAUUUUGUUAAAAAUCCUGUUAAAUGUUGUCAACAUGUUCAUGCACUGAUUCAAAAACUUAUGGAUAUUGUACGCAUAAAAAAGGAUGAUCCGAAGACAAAAGAUGCAAUACUUUAUCAUGGAGAAACGUGGGAAUUAAUGGGACGUCGUUGGGGAAAAAUAGAAAAAGACUUUUGUACAAAAAACAAAAGAUUUGAUAUAUCCAAAAUUCCAGAUAUUUACGAUUGCAUUAAAUAUGACUUACAGCAUAAUAAUCAUACCUUACAAUUUGAUCAUGCAGAAGAAUUAUAUAUUUAUGCGAAAUAUCUUGCAGAUAUUGUUAUACCUCAGGAAUAUGGAUUAACUGUCCAAGAAAAGCUUACAAUAGGUCAAGGUAUUUGUACGCCUCUUUUAAAAAAAAUAAGAGCUGAUUUACAGAGAAAUAUUGAGGAGUCUGGAGAAGAAACAGUUAAUAGAUUAAAUCCAAGAUAUUCCCAUGGUGUUUCAAGUCCUGGUCGACACGUACGUACGAGACUAUAUUUUACAAGCGAAAGUCACGUACACUCUUUGCUUACCGUCUUGCGUUAUGGUGGCUUGCUUGAUGUAGUAAAAGAUGAACAAUGGAGAAGAGCCAUGGAGUAUGUCAGUAUGGUUUCUGAAUUAAAUUACAUGUCACAAAUUGUAGUUAUGUUGUAUGAAGAUCCAACCAAAGAUCCUAGUUCAGAAGAACGAUUUCACGUUGAACUACAUUUCAGUCCUGGUGUUAAUUGUUGUGUUCAGAAAAAUUUACCACCUGGACCAGGGUUUAGACCACAUUCUCGCAAUGAGAGUAGUCAUAACAUGGGAGAAAGUGGUGGCUCUGGACAGGAUAGUGUAUCACAAUGCAGUACACGCAUAGAAGAGGAAGACACUGAAUUAAGCAUUCUAGAGGAUGAAAUAAAUCCACAAAUACAAACUGAAACUUCUCCUACUGUGGGAAAUGAUGUCGUAGAUUCAACGUUAGAUAGCCCUACAACUAGUAGAGGUAUCGAUAUGAUGGACUUGGAUCCUAAUAUGAUGGAUGAACCGUAUGAUAGUGGAUUUUUACAAAGUUCCGCACCUAUUCCGAUUAGGCAUGUAAUGCGUAUUAUCAAUUCAAGAACAGUCGCUGGCCAUGAAGCCGCAAGACUUGGUAGUCAAUUAGCAGCUAGUCAAAGACAGAGACGUGAAAGAGAAGCAAGUGUUAUGGUGGAACCACGUGCUCGAAGUUAUGAUCAUCAACAUCAAGAAAAGGCCGAAAAGGCUGCGGACAAGCUGCAGUAUCAGAGCUUGGACGCGGUCAACAAAGAAGAAAAAACAGAACAUUCAAAUUACUAUAAAAACACUUUGAAUGUGCCUGUGUACCUGGGACAGCCUAUAGCUUUACCACACUCAAUUAGCUCACCAGAAUUACCUAUUCCUUGUGUUCAAACUUCCAUCCCAAUUUCACCUCCUUUGAUAACCGUACAUGAUAUUCCUUUAGCUUCACCUAUCAAUUAUAAUUACAAAAAAAACACAAGUGCACCAUCUCCACCGAAAGAUCUAUUAAUGUCAGAUCUUGAUAGCUAUCAUCUUUCUUCUGUGAAUCAGGAACAAUUGAAAAACAAGAAAACACAUGGAGGUUUCCAUACAGAGAUAAUUCUACCUAAUAUUAAAGUGGAUGACACACGACCUUCGAUCAUUCAACCUGACCCUACCUGCACAGCAAGGCGCCACCGUCACAGUAUCUCCGGACAGAUGAGUUAUUUCAAGCUGCUGGGAUAUAACGUUAGCAAGAAAUUGACGGGCUCAGCAAACAGUCUCUUCAGUACUGCAGUAAUCAGUGGAUCUUCCAGUGCUCCGAAUCUUAAAGAUAUGAUUCCAUCACAUGCUAUGAUUCCGCAACAUGUUGCUGCAAUAGAAGGUUUUGGCGGCGUUCCUCCGAUAAGACCAUUGGAAACACUCCAUAAUGCAUUGUCUUUGCGUCAAUUGGAUUCAUUUCUUGAAAUGAUGACGAGUGCACCUUUGUUUCGAACUCCUGCUUCUUCACCUCCAAAAUAUCCAUCACCUGGGGGCUCAGUCAAUCCGAAUCUUAAUGUAGGAGGCAUUAGUCGCGAGUACCAAUCUUCUGACUUGGAAGCCGUCAGGUACUGUAAGAAAUUAAAUAAUGUACCCUUGUAUAUCACACCAACUCCAAUUCAAUACAAAUCUUGUGGUGAUGGAGAUACCUGUGACAUCAGAAAUCAACCAUCACCCACAAGUCCAAAUAGUACAGGAUGGAGUAGCGAACCACAAUCAUUUCUAUCUUCCGAACCAUCAUCACCUGCACCAACAUCAACAGGAGAGUGCAGUAUGUCUAUCAGUUUAAUCAGUAACGAUGGAGCACCAUCGUACAGUGGAGCCCCAAAAUUUCCCACAACUCCGGGUCUUGAUCUUGAUUUCAAUGAUUUUUGUAUGAAUAUAGAUCAAGAGAAUCACGAAGGUCGUGGUAGUGUUUCAUAUACAGAUUAUUAUAGCAACGAAGAUGGUCAAAUCCGUAAAGGUCCAUCUUAUACGAGUACUACUCAAAAGACAGUUGUUUCAUCGGAUGAUCUUCCUGUUGAUACGGUUGAUGACGACGAAGAACAUACAUUAACGUUGCGUCAAACCGAAGCACAGAAAAAGCAGGAUGUUAAAUUGUUAUUCGAACAAGUAGAGAAUCCUAAUGCGACAAAAUCAACUGUUGGUUAUAAAAAAAUAGGAAGAUUUCGCGUUGAGAGUAUGGAAAUAUCAGACGACGAUGUUAGAAUUAAAGAGCCUAGCAGUGCAUGUUCAUCUACGGAUAAGAAUAAAUUACUUACAUUGCAAAAAAUGGAAACUACUAAUGCAGAGAGAGGCCCAACUCACAGAAAUAAAGAGACCAGGCAUAAAAGGAAGAAUUUUUCACGAUCGCAAAGCGUGUCUACGCCAAAAACUUUUGUUGCUAAAUCUGAUACAAAUUUCAGUUUUAAAUCUGUCAAAUCUAAAGAAAGCUCCUUCUCAGCAAUGACGGAUAAAGAUUUGGAGAAAUGGAAAUUAAGCUCAACUAAGUCAGAUCCUUCUACCUCAUGUACAGAAACUCAAAAAGAACCGAUCCUAACUAUGGCUAGUAGUUUAACAGAUAGCCCUAGUGUAACUAUUGGAUUUGACAUACAGGAUAAAAAGAACGAAUAGUUCCUUUAAUAUCUGUAUUCUAUAUAUUUUAUCAAUAAUUCUAGAAAAUUUUAAUAGGAUAAAAGGAAACGGAGUAAUAAUUUUAACUCUAUAUUUUUCUGAAUACUCUAUAUGUGUUUUAUGUUAUAUGACUUUUAAUAGAUAUCAUUAAACGAAUAGAUAUUAUACUUU